CUGUGGGUUGUCGUUACAUCCGUAGGAAAUCGACUGUAAAAAAACCUUUCUUCUAGUCUUUGUGACAAUCUUCUACACUAACAUUAAGCAUUUUAAACAUGUCUUCUCCGCUGCUUCUCAGAGCUUUUGUGAACGAGAGACUGACAGCUGCUGCCGAUGAAAUAUUUCACUGUUUUGAACGAACAAUCUUGAAAUAUGAAGACGAAGCUUCGAGCUCUAAACAGGAAAUCGAGCGACUGAGGGGUGUGCUGCUGGAGUUUGCAUCAAACACAAACCACGACACAGUAUCUUCUCAGGCGUUGUUGUGUAAAGGGGAAUCUUCCCCUGAGCACCACCUCUGUGAGCAGGAGCCGGGCCCCAGCGUCUCUCAGGAGGAGCCAGAGCUCCGGCACAUUAAAGAGGAAGAAGAGGAACUGUGGGCCGAACAGCAACAACAACAAGAAGAGGAACAGGAUGUGGAGUUUGGGGAUGUGGAUGCCUCUUACCUACCUCAUUCAUCUGUCUGUGAACAACAUGAGGAUGAGGACACAGAAUCUCAGACUGAAAACAGUGAUUAUGAGGAGCAGUUUAAGGGGCAAACUGAAAAUGUACACGUAAUGUUACAUCACCCUCAAUUUUCAGAAACUCUGAUCCAAAAUGAUGGAGUCCAAGAUGUUCGGGACAAUGGAAUACCUGCUGCAAGCUUUACCUCAAACCAAACAUACACAGAGCAAACCUCCUCUAUCGCUUCCAGAGAAACCACUGAGUUAAAUCAGUAUCUCCCCUGCUUUUUGUGCGAUAGAUCAUUUACUUCCAAUUAUCACUUGACAAAUCAUGCUUUCCGCAUACAUACAAGGAUUACAGACAUCAUCUGCGCGGUGUGUGGACAGACCAUGGAGUCCAACCAAAGCCUUAACCUUCACCUCAGAUCUCACAAGAGCUCCAGAUGUUGUCAGGUGUGUGGCAAACAGUGCAAUAGCAUUACUGUAAUGAGCGAACACAUGGCGAGCCACGCCGGGGUCAAACUGCAUCGCUGCCAAAUCUGCGGGAAAGAGUGCAGCCGGAAAGGAGAUUUAAAGAUUCACAUGAGGAUCCACACGGGCGAGAAGCCUUUCUGCUGCUCCCACUGUGAUAAGAGCUUCACCCACAGCGGACAUCUGAAGAAGCACAUGAGGAGCCACACGGGAGAGAGGCCGCACCGCUGUGAGCUCUGCGGCAGAGGAUUCCUCCAGAGCGCACACCUGAAGUAUCACAUGGGGACGCACACUCAGAAAUAUUAAGUGUAUCCCCCUGAGCCUGUGUUUUUAGGAAGGUUAUUUUCUGAGUGUGAGACAUUUAUCAAGCAUGUUACAUCUCUUACUGUAAAUGUUGAAGUAACAUUUGAGAGCCGCUCAAAAGAUAUAACAUUAUUCAUAUAAGCAGAAAUUGCCAACCAGAGACAACAGUUUCCCUAAGUAUGCCAUAUUGUCAUUUAGUAGUAUUAUUUUUUUAGAGAUAUCUUUCUUAUUUUUAAAUCUUUAAUAACAAGUAUCAGGAGUAUAAGGGAAACAUCUUUUGCUGAUAUUUUUCAUUUAAUUUUUGUUUUGUUUGUUUAUUUAUUUAAAGGACAGUGCACAUUAAUUCACAUUGCUGUAAAUGAGCCAGUAUUAGCCAGCAGGCUAAUUUUCAACUGUUGUCCUUGGCAAGAUGUUAAAUGACCACAACAAGACUAGAAAAUAAAAACAUAAUUAAAUAGAGCACAGCAGACAACAUCAGUACAACAAUAAUAAUAACAAUUACAACUUUUAGCAGUUAAAUGUGUUCAUUUUCACUGUUGACAAGUUGGGAACUCAUUAUUUAGUAACAACUAACAGGAAGACUAACUAUUUUCAGUAAUAUCACUGCUGUAAACAUCAAGAAAAUAAAAUGUGUGUGUCAAUAGAUAGAACUUUUCCUAUAUUUAUUUUUUAGUAUUAUAGCUGUUAAUUCAUCAGACUCAAGUUAUGAAUGCUCACAUUACAUUUCGUCUGUUUCUGGUCUGUGAUGAAUAUGGUUGACCACUAGGGGGAGCUGUAGUCGUGUUUAUUCAUCCAUCUAUCCUGCAAAUCAGUGAGGGCUCUUGAAAGUGAGAUUAUAAAAAAAUAAAAAAAAUACUAGUUUUUCUGA